UCAUUUUCAUCUCCAUUUCAUUGUCUAAUCCGAUUCAGGUUACUUUUCAUGGGCCUAAAGAUUACUAUUUUAUUUGCUUUUCACUCUCUCCUCUGUUUUAGCUUUUCUUCAGCUUCAGUUGGGUUUCAUUUCUUCGACUGAAGAGGGCUGCCAGAUUUGACUUCUGGGUUCUCUUAUAAUUGAAAGUAGUAUCAUCAACGGCGGUAGAUGUAUGUCUUUGUAUUGAAUAGAAGAAUUGUGAAUAGGUGAGAUCGAGUGGGUGAAGAUGAAGUCAGGAAUGAAUUGUUCAAGCAACAAAAAGGGUAUCAUUGUUGCAUCUGAACAAGUUAAUUUAGUGUUCCCCAGUGAACAAUUCUCCCAACAGGCUCAUCUUUCUUCCAUACAAAAGUAUGUGGAGAUGUAUGAUAGAUCAGUGGAGGAUCCAGCCGGAUUCUGGUCUCACGUUGCAUCCGACUUCUAUUGGGAAAAAAAAUGGGGACAACCUGUUUACACCGAUAAUCUUGACAUUCGCAACGGCAAAAUAAAUAUUGAGUGGUUCAAAGGUGGUAAAACAAACAUAUGUUACAACUGCUUGGAUAGAAACAUUGAUGCUGGAAAUGGUGACAAAAUUGCAAUUUUAUGGGAAGGAAAUGACCCUGGUCGUGAUGCCACUUUAACAUACACUCAACUCUUGGCCAGAGUUUGUCAGCUGGCAAAUUACUUGAAAAAUAUUGGAGUUGGUAAGGGUGAUGCAGUUAUCAUUUACUUGCCUAUGCUUAUGGAGCUUCCAAUUGCUAUGCUUGCCUGUGCUCGGAUUGGUGCCAUUCACUCGGUAGUAUUUGCGGGGUUCUCAGCAGAAUCUCUUGCACAGAGAAUCGUGGAUUGCAAGCCAAAAGUUGUCAUAACAUGCAAUGCAGUUAGGAGAGGACCCAAGACUAUUUUUCUAAAAGACAUUGUUGAUGAUGCCUUAACACAAUCUGCCCAAAAUGCAGUCCACAUAGAUGUGUGUUUGACUUUUGAGAAUGAAUCAGCAUUACAAAAAGAAAUGACUAAAUGGGUUGAAGGAAGAGAUAUUUGGUGGCAGGAUGUUGUUUUGAAAUAUCCAAUUACAUGUGAUGUGGCAUGGGUUGAUGCAGAAGAUCCACUUUUCCUGCUUUACACUAGUGGCAGUACUGGAAAGCCUAAGGGUGUUCUUCAUACAACUGGAGGCUAUAUGGUAUACACUGCCACAACAUUCAAAUAUGCAUUUGACUACAAACCAAAAGACAUUUAUUGGUGUACGGCUGAUUGUGGUUGGAUUACUGGACAUAGCUAUGUUACAUAUGGACCUUUACUGAAUGGAGCGACGAAUGUGGUUUUUGAAGGGGUUCCGAAUUAUCCUGAUGCGGGACGUUGUUGGGAUAUUGUUGAUAAGUACAAAAUUUCAAUUUUUUAUACUGCUCCCACGUUAGUAAGAUCUCUCAUGCGCGAGGGAGACGAGUAUGUGACUCGGUAUUCAAGAAAAUCAUUGAGGGUACUGGGAAGUGUUGGUGAGCCAAUCAAUCCUAGUGCAUGGAGGUGGUUUUUCAAUGUUGUAGGAGAUGGAAAGUGCCCUAUAUCUGACACAUGGUGGCAAACAGAAACCGGAGGUUUCAUGAUUACCCCAAUACCAGGAGCUUGGCCACAGAAGCCUGGUUCUGCUACAUUACCUUUUUUUGGUGUCCAGCCAGUAAUAGUGGACGAAAAGGGUGUGGAGUUAGAAGGUGAGUGCAGUGGAUAUUUAUGCGUGAAAAAUUCAUGGCCUUCUGCAUUUAGAACACUUUAUGGAGAUCAUGAAAGAUAUCAGACUACAUACUUUAGUGCCUUCCCUGGAUAUUAUUUUACUGGUGAUGGUUGCAACAGGGACAAAGAUGGUUACUACUGGCUCACUGGCAGAGUAGAUGAUGUUAUUAACGUCAGUGGACACCGCAUUGGUACAGCUGAAGUAGAGUCAGCUUUAGUUUCACAUCCUCAAUGUGUUGAAGCUGCUGUGGUUGGCGUGGAGCAUGAUGUUAAAGGACAAGGGAUAUACGCAUUUGUUACUUUGGCUGAAGGUGUUCCAUACAGUGAGGAACUCAGAAGAAGUCUUAUCAAAAUUGUCAGAGAUAAGAUUGGAAGUUUUGCUGCACCAGACAAGAUCCAUUGGGCACCAGGUCUACCAAAGACAAGGAGUGGCAAAAUAAUGAGGAGAAUAUUGAGAAAAAUUGCUUCCAAAACCUUAGAUGAGCUUGGGGAUACAAGUACUUUGGCUGAUCCUACUGUCGUUCAACAACUUAUUACACUUGCUCAUUCUUGAUCUCACUUUUAUUUUACCUUAUUCUUAAUUAACUAAUUUAACUUAUUCCCAGGCUGUUUGUUUUUUGACAUCAAAAUCACUCUAUUUUCAAUUCAA